GACAAAAUUGUUCGCGGGAGGGAGGGGAAGGCCCAGGGAACCAAGCAGUGCUGCCGCCGCCGCUGCAGCCUGAGUUGGAGGAGGGAGAAGCCAGGAGGAAAAUGGCGGCUGUGGCUGCAGAGGCGGCAGCGACUGCAGCGUCCCCCGGGGAGGGGGGCGCAGGCGAGGCUGAGCCGGAGAUGGAGCCCAUCCCCGGCAGCGAGGCCGGUACUGACCCCCUCCCGGUCACGGCCACUGAAGCAUCUGUGCCGGACGGCGAGGCCGACGGGCAGCAGUCUUCCUCUCAGGCCGACGAGCCGCGGCUCCCGCCGCCGCCGCCACCGCCGGGGGAGCUCGCCCGCAGCCCAGAGGCGGCGGGGCCGGAGCUGGAGGCUGAGGAGAAGCUUCCCGCCCGGGCGGUGGAGCCGGCGGCUGCCGCACCCCAGGAACGACCCGACUUUUCGCCUUCCCCAGUACCGCCGCCCGAGCAGCCCCCGGCUCCCGAGGGGCGUCAGGAGCCGCCGCUGCCCCAGCCCGCAGUCCCGGCGCUCGUGCCGCCGGCGGGCGGGGACUCCGCCGUGUCGCAGCUGAUUCCCGGCUCGGAGGUGCGGGUCACGCUGGACCACAUCAUUGAGGACGCGCUUGUCGUGUCGUUCCGCCUUGGGGAGAAGCUCUUCUCCGGGGUCCUCAUGGAUCUGUCCAAAAGGUUUGGGCCCCAUGGGAUCCCUGUGACAGUAUUUCCCAAAAGGGAAUAUAAGGAUAAACCCGAAGCCAUGCAGCUCCAAAGUAAUACAUUCCAAGAAGGGACAGAAGUCAAGCGUGAACUGAACGGUGCUGUUCCCGAUGACCCCUCUCCUGGCCUCCCUCCCACGCCGAGCCCGGCUGAAGGCCUGUGGACUUCCAAACCACCGCCCCUCUUCCAUGAGGGAGCACCCUACCCUCCCCCCUUGUUUAUCAGGGACACGUAUAACCAGUCAAUACCUCAGCCUCCGCCUCGGAAAAUUAAGCGACCCAAACGGAAGAUGUACAGGGAAGAGCCAACUUCAAUGAUGAACGCGAUCAAACUACGACCCAGGCAGGUCCUGUGCGAUAAGUGUAAGAACAGUGUUGUUGCUGAAAAAAAGGAAAUCAGGAAAGGUAGUAGUGCAAGUGACUCUUCUAAAUAUGAAGAUAAAAAACGGAAAAGUGAAAGUAUAGCUACUGUGAACAAAAAACUGAAAACUGAACAUAAGGUGGAUGGGAAAAACCCAAACGAAAGCCAGAGAAGAAAUGCUGUGGUCAAGGUCUCAAGUAUUGCUCACAGCAGAGGCAGAGUAGUCAAGGUUUCUACUCAGGCAAACACUUCGAAAGCUCAGUUAAGUACUAAAAAAGUGCUCCAGAGUAAGAACAUGGAUCAUGCAAAGGCUCGGGAAGUGCUGAAAAUUGCCAAAGAAAAGGCGCAAAAGAAGCAAAGCGAAACCUCUACAUCGAAAAAUGCACAUUCAAAGGUCCAUUUCACACGGCGAUACCAGAAUCCUAGCUCAGGUUCCCUUCCACCCCGGGUUCGUUUAAAACCACAAAGGUACAGGAAUGAAGAAAAUGAUUCUUCUCUGAAGACAGGACUUGAGAAAAUGCGGAGCAGCAAGAUGGCGCCUAAACCCCAGUCUCGCUGCACCUCUACCCGCUCAGCAGGUGAGGCCCCUUCAGAAAACCAGAGUCCCUCAAAAGGCCCCGAAGAGGCCCGCAGUGAGGUUCAGGACACAACUGAAGUGCUUGUGCCUGGUGAGCAGGAUGAACCACAGACACUGGGCAAAAAGGGCAGCAAAAGCAAUAUCUCUGUUUACAUGACCCUAAAUCAAAAGAAACCUGACUCUUCCAGUGCUUCAGUGUGUAGCAUUGAUAGCACAGAUGAUUUGAAAUCCUCCAACUCUGAGUGUAGUUCUUCUGAAAGCUUUGAUUUUCCUCCAGGCAGUAGGCAUGCACCUUCCACCUCCUCUACUUCCUCCUCUUCAAAGGAAGAGAAAAAGCUCAGUAAUUCCUUGAAAAUGAAAGUCUUUUCCAAAAACGUCUCUAAAUGCGUCACACCAGAUGGCAGGACCAUAUGUGUAGGGGACAUUGUUUGGGCCAAGAUCUAUGGCUUCCCAUGGUGGCCAGCCCGUAUUCUUACUAUAACUGUGAGCCGGAAAGAUAACGGCCUUUUAGUCCGACAGGAGGCCCGUAUUUCAUGGUUCGGGUCUCCGACGACGUCUUUCCUUGCUCUUUCGCAACUCUCCCCCUUUUUAGAAAACUUCCAGUCACGCUUUAAUAAGAAGAGAAAGGGCCUGUAUCGCAAGGCUAUCACAGAGGCAGCCAAGGCUGCCGAGCAGCUGACCCCCGAAGUGCGGGCUCUGUUGACACAGUUUGAAACGUGAACAUGGACAGUAAGGUAGGCAAGAACCACUAGAAGGAGCCACAGGUUUCUUGUCUAGUUAGAGGAGUAACUUCUAUGAAAUAGCUUGGCCAAACUGGAGAGAGAGAUUGCACUCAGUUGGCUGCUUUUUUACACUUACCUGAUAGCCAUUUUUAGACUGGGAAGCUUAAACUGAACAAGCAAUCAAUUUUGUCUUAAGGAAGUGAGGUUUUAGCAGUAUUUUUCAGUUUUGAAGUCUAACCAUCCCAAGGCAUAGGAACCAUAGCCUCAACUGAAAAUGAAUUUUUGCAGGGACUGUUAAUUGCCAUUUGUACCUAGUACCGUGUGUAUAUACACACAAUGUGUGUGUGUAGAUACAUGCACAUACAUACAUAUAUAUAUAAUAUAGCCGGUCACUAUGUGACACAGGUUGCAUAUUUGGGAUUGCAGUAAGGGCUGGUGAGCUGGGGGGAACAGUAUGGUUAUUUAAUGACUACCUGUUCUUUAAAGAUUAAUGAUCACUUAGCCUUUCUGUGUGUAUAAUGGCUCAAAAGUUUGAUACUAGGUGUUUGACAAACUGAGAUGCUUGCUAUUCAGUUUCAGACUGGGGAAAUAGCCCAGUAAUUGGGAUCAGGACUGUCAAGGAUGGCUAGGUUUGAAUCAUCACUCUGUUUUGUCCAGUAGGGAUUUAAUAAAAACUUUCAAAUUUCUGAUUUGGGAGUUUAGGUAGGUUUGUCUUUGGAUGUGUAAAUAGUUGAUGGCUAAAUUUGGUCAGAUUUCUCCUGACUGGCUGUUCCUAAAUUCUUAGGAUACGUCCUAGUAAAUUACACUUUGUGAAUUAAUUGUCAUGUGUAAUUGUUGCAUUUUGGAUGUACCUAAUUUGAUAAUUUUUAAAAAAUAUUUCCAUUUAAGGUAUCUGUUUGCAGGUCAGAAAAUGAGAAAAUGUAAUUGUGUAAUGCUCUGAAAUGUACAAAAAAAACAAGCUGUAAAUAAAAUCAACUAAAUCCAAAUUAUUUGUGUGUGUUUCUCAAAAAGCUUUGAAAAAUUUCAAGAUGGUAGAAAAUUAUUCUUUGUAAUAAUGUAUAGAGGAGGUGAAAAAUCAAACUUUUAUUUUCCUAUUUGCCCUAUCAGAAUAUAUUAUCUGAGUAUAGAUAAAAAUCAGUGAUUAAUCAGUAUAUUCUUCAAAUGAGAUUUUGCAGUUGUAGAGGUCUGAGAAGCAGAUUUGAGACCCUCCUCCCGCCAAUUGCAUACAAAUGUGUGGAUUUAAUUUUUUCAUUUUUUAGUUUCAAAACUACAUCACAUGCUUCAUUCUUUUUUAUACUUGUGUAAUUACAAUCAGUCUCUCGUGCUUGGUCUUCUGCCUCAGGUAUCACUGCUACUGGGGCUAGUAACUUAACUCACUAUUUUUCUACAUGGUCCAUCUGUCCCUAAGACUUGAUUUCUUAUUUUCUACUUAUAGCUUUUAUUGUUACUGAAAAAUACACCUGAUUGCCUGUGGAGGCAAACUUAUCCCAGUAUUUUUUAAGUUGCUUUCAUACUUUUUGUACCUUACUUUAAAAUUUGAUACAAUGUCAAUCUGACACUUUGGAAACUUGAAACGUUCAGAAACAGCACCUUUUUGUGUAUUUCUAAGUAGUCCAAUUUGGAAUAUCUUAGUUAACUAUGAAAUUAAUGAUAAUAUUAACGGAGAUUGAAAACCAAUAGUCUGUCAGCUUCCUUAAGGUCAUGGACUUACUAUGGUUUAUGUACUGAUUUCUGUAAAAGCAAGUAGAAUUUCUUCUGGGGAACUCAGAAUCAAUGCUUUUUGAUUAUAAUAAACACACAAUUGAAAGGAAAAACAAAUGUGUCACUUGAAUAGAACAUAUUCUUUCCUGCAAACAGAAACAAGUAUAAAGGUUUUUGAUUAUAACAGGUUGAAAUUCACAGCAUGAUUGAGAGGUUUUAAGGAAGUAUCUUAAAAGAUUUUCCGAGUAUUUAUUUCAGAUUAAUGAACUCAUUCAUAUAUAUUUGAAAGUUUGACAUCUAAGGUUCAGAAAGAUUUGAACAAGGCUGAGUAAAUAGUCACCUAAUAAUUCCAAGCCUUUGUGUAAUGAUCCAGGUGAGUUUUAACAUAGUGGUUUUGACAGUGGACAUUGCUAAGAUAGUCAAGUGCUAUGGCAAAUGUGCUUUCUGGCACCAACCAAAUUUGAUUCAGAAGCCACAUGGGGAAGAAAAUUUUGAGAACAAAAGUACUUAAUUUUAUGUAGUCCAUGCCUUUGAGGAGAAGGUUGAAACAAUCACAAAUGUGCAUGAUCUCUAUCAUACCAAUGAUCCAUUUUAAACCCACAGUUUUGCAUAUUUCAUUUGAAGUUCCAUUAGGGAAACAAGUUUUAAGGAAUUUCUAUAUUCUUAAAAUACGUGUUCUAGACACUAAUGGCUGCAUAUUAAUGUUUUGUUCAAAUAGAAACUUACUAAGCAGCUAGAUAAAUUUGUCCAGUGUCUACUGCGGAUGGAGAUAAGAGUUAAAAUCAAGUAAUUGUAGCCAUUUAUAUUUCUCUUUAAAAUGAUAAAAGAAGGAAUUUACUCUGGAGAGAACCAAGUGGGUAUCUUUUCCCUUUGCAGAGAGGAAAUUAGGCUUAGGUAAAAUCUCCAGUGGUUUAAAAUGAAGGGGCUGAAACAGCAUUAGCAAGAGGAGAAACCAAGUGAAGUACUGGCUAUAAUAGCCAAAGGUGUCUUCAUUUCUAGAAGUUCUCAGAAAGCAUCAGUAUUUUUCCCUUUUAUUUUUCUUGAAUUGAUAUUCUUCAGACCAGAAGGCUGACUUCAUUUGAAAGGGAUAUCUAUCCAGCUUUCAUUAAUAGAUGUGGAAACAGACAUAAAAGAUAAAGUAAAAUUAACUAGUCUGAACCCACCUACAUGACUUCAUGGUGUUUUCCUAUGUGGUUUUGAUGGGAAAAAUCUACGAAGGAUAAUUGUAGACCAGGAAUAUAGUGAGAUAGACUGCAGGUAAAGAAUAUGAAACGUAACAAAAUCAUACCAAGUAUGUAUCUUUUUGAGUGGAUCUGAGUUUCUAAUUUCAAAAUACUGAAUUGCACUCCUAUCUGAACUGGUUGUACUUAAUAUUGUAUUGAGGGAAAGGUGCACAUUGAUAGUCCUUUAUAUGCAUAACACAUUCCUUGAUUCAGAGGAACUGAGUUGGGAGUUGGAAAUACAGGCAGACCUCAGAGAUGUUGCAGGCUUGGUUCCAGACCACCACCAAAAGCCAGUAAUGCAGUAAAGCGAGUCAAAUGAGUUUUCUGGUUUCUCAGUGCAAAUAAAAGUACGUUUAUAUAUACUGUAGUCUAUUGAAGUGUGCAAUAGCAUUAUGUCUAAACAGUGUACAUGCUUUAAUUAAAUAACAUUCCUAAAAGGUGCCAACCAUCUGAGCUUUUAGCAAAUUGUAAUCUUGGCUGGUGAUGAGUCUUGUCUCAAUAUUAAUGGCUUGCUGACUGAUCAGGGUGGUGGUUGCUGAAGGCUUGGGUGGCUGUGGCAGUUUCUUAAAGACAAAUUUGCUGCAUAAAUUGAGUGUGCCUUUCACAGUUUCUCUGUAGCGUGAGAUGCUGUUUGGUAGCAUUUUUACCUACAGAACUUCUUUCAGAAUUGGAGUUAGUCCUCUUAAACUCUGCCACUGCUUUAUCAACCAAGUUGAUACUCUAAAUCCUUUGCUGUCAUUUCAAGUCUUCACAGUGUUUUCACCAGGACUAGACUCCAUCUCAAGAAACUGCUUUCUUUGCUCACAUAAGAGGCAAUUCCUCAUCUAUUAAGGUUUUGUCAAAAGAUCAUAGUAAAUGAUCACAUCUUUAGGCUCCACUUCUUAUUGUAGUUCUCGCUAUUUCCACCACAUCUUCAGUUACACACUCCACUAAAGUCUUGAUCCUUCAAUAUGAAAAAACUGCAAUAUCUACAAAGCUCAAUAAAGUGAGGUAUACCUGUACCUUAAGAAAUCUAACUUGGAUCGUAAUCUGAAAUUAGACUUUCCCUUUUGUGAAUUAAUCUGUGGUUUGUGCUGCAUUGGUUUACUGUUAAGUGUUCAGAGCAGAGAUGCAAAUUUCUAGAAAAGUUGAUAAUGUUCUGAUUCAGGAUAUUGUCUUGAUUUGGGUCCACUGAUGGCCUCCAACAGAGAAUUGUCCAAAGAGAAUGAAGACCCUAUUUCUAAACUGGGACAAAUUUAGCGGUUACUUUGGGAUUGUAUCAAUAUGGUUGCUAUUAAAAUAAUUUCUGGUUGAAAUGCCUGAUAAAGGGAAUUCAGAAACGGUAUAAGAGGCUGCACAUUCCAAUUGUCAGGAGAGAACAAAACAGCUAAGCUGCAUUAAUUAAUUUUACCUAGUUUUGGUUUAGGCUCAUAUAUUCUGUAUGUACAU